AUGGGAGAGUGGUGGACAACUGUGCCAUUAGAGACAUCUAUGGGUAAAUAUCUAAUUUUAAAGACUCGUCGGCUGUGCUUUUCUGGGAUCUUGGAGAUGACCCAUAUUUGUGUUCUCAUUUUAGAGCAGCAACCUAUUUCCAGCUGCCCCACAUGCAGUUGUUAUAAAUGUAUCUCUCUGUUUUGCGUUUUAGGAAACUAUGAAAUCUCCAGCAUAUCACAUGUGACGAUGUCCCCCUCAAGGCAGAACAACCUUGUGUCAAUGUACUCCUCUGUACCCCCUCUGUCGAGAGGCUCCUACAAUGUGAUAAGUGCCUUUUGCACUGAGGAUAACGUUCCUCAAUGCAUUUCCUACAUCAAUCAGGUAUGGAAACAUCCUUGUUUAGAGUUGUAUUCAUGAAGCUAAAAUGUCAACUGUAGUAUUGCAAUGUUUUCUUUUAUACAUUUCUGCCACAAUUGUUCACUUAUCCACCACAAUCCAUCCACUCUCUUCCACAGGAGCUGGCCUCUCUGGGCCUCUCCUCCACGUGUAUCGAGGCCAGCUCAUCAGAGGGAGCCAGCCUGAAUGCAGUGCCAACCUUGAAUGCCAUGUAUGAGCUGCUCCAGAUUCAUCGACGCAACAUGUGCACUUUAGAAGAGCUGGAGAGGGAGCAGCUGAAGAAACUGAACUCUAUAGAACACAUGCAGAUGAAUAAUUCCAGACUAAAGGCAUGUAUGAGACAAAGCAUAUACACUCACCGGCCACUUUAUUAGGUACACCUGUCCAACUGCUCGUUAACACUUAAUUUCUAAUCAGCCAAUCGCAUGGCGGCAACUUAGUGCAUUUAGGCAUGUAGACAUGGUCAAGACAAUCUCCUGCAGUUCAAACCGAGCAUCAGUAUGGGGAAGAAAGGUGAUUUGAGUGACUUUGAACGUGGCAUGGUUGUUGGUGCCAGAAGGGCUGGUCUGAGUAUUUCAGAAACUGCUGAUCUACUGGGAUUUUCACGCACAACCAUCUCUAGGGUUUACAGAGAAUGGUCCGAAAAAGAAAAAAUAUCCAGUGAGCGGCAGUUCUGUGGGCGGAAAUGCCUUGUUGAUGCCAGAGGUCAGAGGAGAAUGGCCAGACUGGUUCGAGCUGAUAGAAAGGCAACAGUGACUCAAAUAACCACCCGUUACAACCAAGGUAGGCAGAAGAGCAUCUCUGAACGCACAGUACGUCGAACUUUGAGGCAGAUGGGCUACAGCAGCAGAAGACCACGCCGGGUGCCACUCCUUUCAGCUAAGAACAGGAAACUGAGGCGACAAUUUGCACAAGCUCAUCGAAAUUGGACAAUGGAAGAUUGGAAAAACGUUGCCUGGUCUGAUGAGUCUUGAUUUCUGCUGCGACAUUCGGAUGGUAGGGUCAGAAUUUGGCGUCAACAACAUGAAAGCAUGGAUCCAUCCUGCCUUGUAUCAACGGUUCAGGCUGGUGGUGGUGGUGUCAUGGUGUGGGGAAUAUUUUCUUGGCACUCUUUGGGCCCCUUGGUACCAAUUGAGCAUCGUUGCAACGCCACAGCCUACCUGAGUAUUGUUGCUGACCAUGUCCAUCCCUUUAUGACCACAAUGUACCCAACUUCUGAUGGCUACUUUCAGCAGGAUAAUGCGCCAUGUCAUAAAGCUGGAAUCAUCUCAGACUGGUUUCUUGAACAUGACAAUGAGUUCACUGUACUCAAAUGGCCUCCACAGUCACCAGAUCUCAAUCCAAUAGAGCAUCUUUGGGAUGUGGUGGAACGGGAGAUUCGCAUCAUGGAUGUGCAGCCGUCAAAUCUGCGGCAACUGUGUGAUGCCAUCAUGUCAAUAUGGACCAAGCUCUCUGAGGAAUGCUUCCAGCACCUUGUUGAAUCUAUGCCAUGAAGAAUUGAGGCAGUUCUGAAGGCAAAAGGGGGUCCAACCCGUUACUAGCAUGGUGUACCUAAUAAAGUGGCCGGUGAGUGUACACAGGCUAUAAUGUGUUUGUGUCUGGAAGGUGCAGUAACAGUCUGCUGACCACUAGAGGGCAGAAAAGAAACAGAAAAGAAGAAUUUCCUUGAAAAAUAAUUUAAUUUGACUGAUACUACAAAACCAAACAAAGGCAAACCUUACAAAACUACAGCCCAGAGUGCUCUCAUGAUUUUUAGAUCACAAUGGCAGAUGUGUCUUUUAAUCUCAAUAGUUUUCUGCUUGCAAGGCUAAACAUUCCUCCUCCAUCUAAACCUAAGUCUGGAGUGAUGGGGAAAAUACUUAAGUUCACAAAAUCUCCAACAUCUUGAUAAAACUGUUAUAUCUUAGGAUACCAACCUCACCAACCUCUAUGUUUGUGUAUUUACUUUGUUAUCUUAGAGCUUCAGAAUUUUCUCAGGAAUCUUCUCCUUUUUGUUUCAACCCUGGACUUAAGCCUUGAUCAAAAUAUCCCUCAUUUCUCUGCUCUCGUCAUAAGUUCCACAUUUUUCUCUCUAGGAUCAACUGGAGCUGUCCAUAAGAGAGAAAUCUGGCCUGCACGAGGUUGAGAGGCAGCUACAACUCAAAAUUAAGACGCUACAGAGCUGCUUGAAAACAGAAAAGGAUGAGGUAGGAUUUCAUUUUAUUGUUCUAUUAGCAAAACACAGAUUUUUGCCACAUAUGCGUUUACAUAUGUUCUGUUUUAGCUCUCCAAAUUUGUAAUUUUUAACUUCUGUUGUUCAGGUUCAGAAGCUCCAGAGUAUCAUAGCCAGUCGUGCCUCUCAGUACAGUCAUGAUGCCAAAAGGAAAGAAAGAGAAGCCGCAAAGCUCAAGGAACGCCUCAGCCAGCUAUUGGUCGACAGGAAGGAGAAAAAGCUAGGUACGUGCGCCAGUCUUCUCUGAAAGAGUGGUUGUAAUUCUCUCCUUACACAAGUAAUUUUGAACCGAGGUGGUCUAACUUUGGGCGUUUCAUUUUUCUUCAACAGCUAUUGAUGUACUGAACAGCUUGGGGCGGUCAGAUGGAAAGAGGAGCCACUGGAAAAAUGCCAAAGGAACAGCCAGGUAUUAUUGAAGUCAUUUCAUGCCUCGUGAAUGUGAUUGUGCUUCAUGCUAUGUGAUCAUAACUGUACCUGUAAAUAUCUUGUUUUAGCCACGAGGGUGACAUGUACAGGUCCUUGCUCAGUGACUAUGAGGCCACUCAGAAGUCCUUGAUGCUGGAGAACGCUGAGCUCAAGAAAGUCCUCCAGCAGAUGAAGAAGGAGAUGAUACACAUCCUGAGUCCACGUCAGCCCUCUAACAGAGAAGCCGAGGACAGCCAUGAGCAGGUAUUUGGUUUAUUAUUUUUUAUGUUAAUGCUGCACACAGUUGAAGCAUGUGGGAUUAUUGGCUUCAGUGAGGCUAGUUUUAUGAUAGGGAAACAACUCACCACAACUAUAAAGUCCCAUACAUCAAGUUGUUGUAAUUACUUAAAACCAAGAAAAUCAUGAAAACUAGAAUGUCAAACUAAAGGUCUUUACACACGGGACUGUUUUUGUUGCACGAUUAUUUCGGACGUCAAUAUUUUUUUAUCGAACUCAUAUCCUGUCAAUACAAGCGCUCACAUCAGCGAAGUUUUCCCUUUCUGCGAUAUUGCGGCAUUUAUUUUUUCAGAUCAUGGUCGAUUUUCGUUUCUGAUUGGCUAUAAGUGCUGACCAUUUGGCUUGAGCGUGUGAUGACGUUUCCAGCUUUUCUAGCCAAUCAGAGGCAAAGGAGGCGGGACUUUCCCCCGGAAAAGUCUUCCACGGGAUGCGUCAAGUCGCAAAAUCGCAUCGAGCUUGAUGUGUAUAGUAAGGCGCGUCAAAAUUCACCUUUUUUCGCUGAAUAUUUCGUGAUUUCGCGUUCUACAUUCGUGUCAGCCCCGGUGUGUAAGGACCUUAACACUAAACUAUUAAAAAUGUAAUCAAAGCCAAGCAUUUUCAAAGAGUAAAAAUUACACUUGACCCACAAACAUUAAAAGCUAGUUAAACUAAUUGGAAACGUAGAGGGCCAAAUGAAGUAGAAAUAAAAACUUCUUGACUCCAUAUGUGCAAUUGCUUUAACUAUCACAUCCUUCCUCUUGAUUUUGGCUGAGACAGAAACGGUAUGUUCAAAAGACUUUUCUCUGUGAGCAUCUGCUUCUGAUGUCAUGUUUGCACAUCAAAAAGUUCUAUUUUUUUCUGCUCUUGAUUCAGUUGGAUUCAGAUGUGGAGGAGAAGAUGGGCGAUUCAAGUCGGGAAACUCUGGACCAAUCCUGCGAGCAUGCAAGAGAGCAGCUCACCAACAGCAUACGGCAGCAGUGGAGGAAACUGAGGGACCACAUGGAGAAAUUAGACAGCAAAGGUACAUACAGCUCAUCAAAUACCCUGAAAUACAAACAUGUUCCUGCCCUAAUUGUGUACUUUAUACAUUUCCUAAUCUAUUAAGAAUGAAUUUAAAACUUUGAUUCAGUCUAAAUGUGGAGCUGUUCUCUUGAGCUCUUACAGCCUCGCCGUACACUGGGAAAAAGAACUUCAGAUGAUAAGCUGGUGUUUCUGCGCCACUCUUUAAAGCUUCACAGGUGCAGAGUCAGCUGGAGUCCAAUAAGGAGGUGAUACCAAGAGAGACCCAUGAGGAUGAGAUGGAGAGGAUGAGGCGUGAAGUGCAGCAGUGCAAAGAGUUCAUUCACGCGCAGCAGCAGCUCCUCCAGGUAAUUUUGUGAAAUCUUCAAGAGUAACUUGGACUGAAGUGUAUUUGUGUUUAUAAGAGUGUUUCUGUGUCUGCAGCAACAGCUCAACACAUCAUUUGAUGAUGAGACGGCAGCCUUUCUUAAUGACUGCUACACUCUGGAGGACAAAGAGCGCCUCAAGGAGGAGUGGAGGCUGUUUGAAGAACAGAAGAGGAAUUUUGAGAGGGAAAGGAAGAACUUCACAGAGGCUGCUAUCCGCCUGGGGAGAGAGGUACUGAAGCAGCAGCAGCAGCACUGUUUUAUUUCAAAUAUUUUAGGUGCGGCUAAAUUUAAUAAAUCACUUUUUUAAAAACAUUUUCUUUUGAUUUUGAAGAAAAAAGCCUUUCAGGAGGACCGAGCUGCUUGGCUCAGGAAUCAGUUUUUGAACAUGACUCCUUUCACAGACCGGAGAUGCUCCCUGUCUGACGGUCAAAGUGCCUUAUCAAUCAGUAAGUCUUCUAUUUGAAUAAAGAUAAACUUAACAUCUUUACACCUCUGACUCACAAAAUUGACUUUGGGUAUAAAAUGUGUCUUUUGGAGGAAAUUUGCAUAAAACUGCAUGCAAUAUAUAGUUACUUUAACUUCAAGUAUUUUCUUUGGAUUUUAAUACGACUACAUUUUGUAUUCAGGAAGUGAACCCGAGGUGAGGAUGUCUUCCACAAAAAGUCAAGUGGUGAAAUCCUCCACAUACACAACCUUCUCCACUCCAAAAGCAACACAAAGUGCUACUGUGCCAUCCACAACGGAGCUGUACCGAGCGCUGCGCCUGAUACCAGACAGCAGGUAUUAAUAGCACAUAUAAUCACUUCUGUAUCUAAUUAGCAAGAUGGAUUUAUUUUCACCCCACUUUACUGUCGGUGAAAAUUAAUUUAUGUCAUUUUUCAGGGACAUCUGAACUCCUAAUACAAAUUCAAAGUGCCACAAAUCAGUUCCUUGUAGUGAUGGGAAGAACAGUUCUUUUGACUGUACUGAAUCUUUAGAAUCCGGUCAUUAAAACGAUUCAAUCAAAAGAUUUGUUCACUGAAUCAGUCAGUGCUACGGGAUGCCAGGCUCACAGCUGAGCUCAACAGAACUGAAAAAGGAACAAAUCAGGUCUCGGAGUGAUUCAGUUCACGUCGUUCACUCAGCAGUUCCAUACUUUUGAAUGAAUCGUUCAUGAAUGACACAACACUAGUUCCCUGUGAAUAAGUGAGGAUCAGACCCCAUUGGUGAUGUUUGUUUUACACCACUUCAUACUUGUUUAACACUGUAUUUUGCCUACAUUUCAGCUCUUCCAGACAUUCAAAUCGAGGUUGUUGGCAAGACUCCACUACCAUUGAGGACGGAGAUACUCACUUCAAACCUAAAUCCAGAGUUCGGUGUGGGGACUUGAGUAUCUUCUCCCUGGGUGAAGAUGAGAAUAGCCUCACUUGAUCCUCCAGUGCCUUUUUUGUGAUUUUUUUUUUUUUUUUUGCUAUGGACUUCUGCAUCUUUUCAUGGGAAAAUUCCACCUCUGCUCAUAAACACUCAGCAUAUUGUCGCAGCAUUACUUUGAUGUUGCUUCUUUGUCAUUCAUGGACAUGCACUGAUCAGUCACCAAAGCUGAACAAACAGGAAAGCACUUUAAUGACCCUGCCAUUCUUUCUUUUUUAACACAUCAGCACUGACAAAUCAGAUUGUAAGCUGUUAAGUGGCAGGUAUGUACCAAGUAAUGAUAGUUUGUUUACAUAUUUUCUGUGGAUAAAUUAUGUGCAUAAUUUUAACUGAGGUAUGUAAUGACAUUAGAUUGAUAUUAACUCCACAAUAAAGAGGUUUUUAAUUAAAGGUAUUGUGGUCUUUGUCUGGCGCCCCCUGGUGUUCACAAAAGGAGUUGCAGCCACAAAAUGUGAAAUAACCGGAAUCCGGAUGUGAUCAUCUUUACUUUUGUUUCAGCAUCCAGCCCUCAAUCCCACCCACCACCCAGCGUCUAUUUUCCACAGAAAACAUCGAGAAUGUCGAGCUCUUCUAAUCUUACAGCCAUGAAAAAGGCCGUACAGCAGCUUCGCUUUGAGGCCAGCAUAAACAGAGUGAAGGUAAUGAUUUUCCUAUUGUUUUUUUUCGGUUAGUAACGAAAGAGAGAAAAGACUGAACCGCUAACAAUGCUAGCUGCUGCUGCCAGAAGCUAGCGAUAGCAACAUUAGCAGCUGGUCAACAAGCCGACAGAUCAGGGCGUAACUGAGACUGAAGGGGAAGUGUUUCAAAAAGUCUGAAACCCUGAACUUUCGAGAUUAAGCAGCUGAGAAAAAAGUUUAUAAUGUUAGAAAAGUAGUAGUUAGUAUUGAAUGAGGAGUCUAAAAUACUCAGAGCAGGUCUGUGACCGGCGUUUGGACCAUUUUUCUAAAUACUCGUCAACUUUGCUCGGUGGAAAAAUAAACUAGUUAACAUUUCUUAACAUUUCUUGACUUACAUCCUUUGAAAUUUAAGAGGGUACUUUAUUAGAUCUGCACUGAACUCAAAAGGAAAUAAGGGACACUUGUUGAACUAGUAGUGAAGUUAAAAAGUACCAAAUGAAUUAAUCUCAACAGCCUGUAUAAUAUUCCUCACUAGAGUUCAGACUUAACAAUAAGCUCUAGUAUAACCCUGCAAAGCCUUUUAGUGCAAUUUUUAUGUACAGAGCCAAGCCUCAAUGGGGCCCUAAGCAAAGUUUGAUUUCAAAGCCCUCUAUUUCUGCCAAUAAUACUGAUUGUUGAUCAUUCACACACCUACUACAGUAUAAAUUUAAUGUGCCUGACAUUUCUAAACAUUUUUAACAUCAUAUUUUUAGGUAAAAACAUAAAUAAUAGCAAUGCAAACAUACAAAUAAAACCAAUGAAUGACUGAUGAAUGAUGUUCAGGCUGCCACAUGUGGUUUUUAACUUCAAAAUGUAACACAUUCAGCGACAAGAGCUGAUUUUCACAACAUUUAAGUGAUAAAGCGUUGUGUUCACUGUUUUACUUUAUUUUUGUAAUAUAUAUUUGAUCAUACAGAAAGCAUCACUCAUACAUGCAAAAAGAAAAAAUAUAUAUAUAUAUUUUUUUUCUUUUUGAUUGCUCUGGGGGGGGGGGGGGCUCCCUAUUGACUACGGGGCCCUAAGCAGGCACUCAGUUCGCUUAUGCCUUGGUGUAUUCACUGUAUGAAUAGACCAGUUUCUCAGAGUAAUCCAGGAAUGUUUUACCACAUCUUGGUCAACUGACUGAGCUGACUUGAAAGAUCAAGACUAGGACCAGAAAAUAAAUAAAUAAGAAGCAGAUUUUCAAAAAUAUCUGUUGACUGGAGUUAACAUGAAAAAAAAAGCUUCACAAAAACUGAAACUAAAGAAGAAAUGUGGUUAGUCUUGGUUUUUCAUCUGACAGACAUAUCCUUGAUGGAUUGUCUUUUGUGAAUAGUUGACAGACAUAUUUAUAUGCAUGUUCAACAGGUGUGUGAUGUACUGAGUUGUUAACAAAUACUUUUGUGUCCAUUUUUGGGUUCUUGCCUGUAGGAAGGAACCCCAUAUUACAAAGAGAGUAAUGCAAAUACUAAAAAAAGUAAAGCAUUUUUCAAGAGAAGAAAACAAUCAUUUUAACUAAAUUGUCUUAAACUUUGAUUCAAAAAUUGCCAUUUUAAACUCAUAUGGAAUUUGCAGCUGUGCAAAAAGAUCGACUUUGUCGAUCAAUAAGAGACUUGAUCCAACAUUUAUCAAAGUGCACUUUAUGAUCUUUUCAUAUCACUAGGUUUUAAUAUUUUAAGAUUUUUGUAUUUGUAUUGAAGUAGCUGAAGUCUUCAUAAAUAGCUGCCAACUCUGUAAAUGUGCUUGAGUAACCCCUUGUUUAAGAUACCUCCAUAUAUUCCCGUGUCAUGCCUCACAUUUGGGUCCCUCUCUUGUCACCAGGUCUCCCAGGCAGCGGCAGACCUCCAACAGUUUUGCAUGCAGAAUGCCUUGCAGGAUCCUCUGCUCACCGGUGUGUCCUCCAGCACCAACCCUUUUAGGCCGCAGAGAGUCUGCUCCUUCUUGUGAAACCACUGUGUCCAUCGGUCAGUGAAGGUUGACACAUAACGGCAUACACUGACACAUACUGGACAUGUAUGUUACAGAUAUAAUCCACCUUAGUGUUGCUUUUUUAAAGUUUCUAAGUACGUAUGUAACAUGCAUAGAAACUAGUAAGACCUCCUCUGCUAAAUAGACUUGUUCGAGGCCAACUUCAUGCAUUUUAAGUAUGAUCAAGGUAUCUGUACAGCAGCUUUAGUUUGGCAGCAACAUCAAUGUUUAGAUGGACUGCAGGCACAGAAUAGGUGUAAUUCAAUGUUUCUGACCUACCUCGGUUUAAUGAGAUAAAACCCCUUUGCCUUAUUUUCCAUUUGUUUGUUUCUUUUAUUUUCCAAUUCUGCAGGCCUUCAUUUUGAUGCUACAGGGAAAAAUUGACCUCAACACUGCUCCUCAUGCCAAGCCAUUAUACUGCCACGGGAUCCCUUGAGUGUAGAACACAUUGUAAAACAUGUCGGGAAGAUGAUCAUCUAUUUUCAGCCACAGUAGAAAAAAAAGGAGACAGUUUUAUUUUUCAUGGCACAGUUAGAUUUUUUCAGUGAAUUAUUGUGCCUUUUCUAUUGUUCUAUUUUAGUCAUCACUGUUCUGGACAUUUUUUGUAUUUAAUGAAUAAAAAGCAUUCUUUACUACAUCUGUG